AUGAACGGCGACUUGAGUUUGUCGCGUUCGCUUGGUGGUCUGCGCAUAGCCAAUCCCGACAGCGACGACGAUCAAGACACUCCCACGACACAGCAGCAGCCCCAGACGCUCCCGUAUCAGACGCAGACGCAAACGCAACAAUUGCAUACACCGCCGCCCACCGCUUUGUCCGUCGAAUCUCCCAACAAUAACAACCCUGCUGCGAGUCCCAAUCAGCAACCUCGCUCUACCCCUUCGACUCCAGAUGACCGACCUACCAUCUCCUCGCACUCUGACUCCGAUCAAGUCUAUCGCCAACGUGCCGGCUCGUAUGAGGCCCAGGUUCCUCAAUAUCCCCAAAACCCAAGCAUCUCAUCCGCACGCAUGUCCAACAUGUACACACAUCAGAACGUUUCGAGCACUUCUGCCCUCUCGCAGGCUUCCUCCUACAGAUACCGUGAUGAUGUAUCUUCUCAGUCUGGACUGGCUAGAAGUGCUUCACGAGCUGCAGCCGCUGCCAUGGCUGGGCACCCUCCAGUUCGAUCUGCCAGCCGGAGUUACCGUGGUCCCGACGGCCAAAAUGUCAUGCCACCCAGAAGAAGCUCUAAGCGUGUCACCUCUGGGUACGGCCCUGGCCCAUCAGCUUCUGUAUAUAGCAUCGAGGGAGGCCCGCUACCGAGCAGUGAAGAAUGGAAAGAGCGCGGAGCUGCAGUCUCUACUAGACAAGAAGUCGAUCAAAACGGAAGACCUAUUUCAAAAAUCGUCAAGAAGGGCGUGAACGACUUUCACUUUGGUCGCACUCUAGGAGAGGGUUCAUACAGCACAGUCCUUGCAGCAACCGAUCGUCAAGUUCAUCGCGAGUAUGCUGUCAAAGUUCUCGAUAAACGCCACAUAAUCAAGGAAAAGAAGGUCAAAUACGUCAAUAUUGAGAAGGAUGCUCUGAACCGGCUGACGGAACACCCUGGCAUCGUCCGUCUAUACUAUACAUUCCAAGAUGAGCGCUCGCUAUACUUUGUCCUUGAUCUUGCCAAUGGCGGUGAGUUACUCGGUCACUUGAAAAAGAUGGGCACUUUCGAUGAAGAAUGCACACGGUUCUAUGGCGCCCAGAUUCUCGACUCAAUAGCGUAUAUGCACUCGAAAGGCAUCAUUCAUCGAGACCUUAAACCGGAGAACGUUCUGCUUGAUGAGCAAAUGCACACCAAGAUCACCGACUUUGGAACCGCUAAGAUCCUCGACAUCAAGUCCGCUGGCGGCACGAAUGACGGCUCAGGUGCUGGUGAUCCUUUGGACGGCGUUGAGCAAGAGAGAGCGGUAUCCUUUGUUGGAACUGCAGAGUACGUCAGUCCAGAGCUCUUGACAGACAAGAAUGCCUGCAAAGCAAGUGACCUCUGGGCCUUUGGCUGCAUUCUGUAUCAACUGCUCGCUGGUCGCCCUCCAUUCAAGGCUGGCAACGAGUACCAGACGUUCCAAAAGAUUGUCGCUUUGGACUAUCAUUUCCCAGACGGCUUUCCUGCUGUAGCGCGGGAUCUCAUAGAAAGACUGCUGGUCCUCGAUCCCUCGAAACGUUUGCCCAUUGAACACAUUAAAUCACAUCCUUUCUUCGAAGGUAUUCAGUGGGGUAAAUCUUUGUGGAAGCAAAAAGCACCACGCCUUCGAAGCUACAUGCCUGGACCCACUCAAACUCAGCCCAUCAGGCUUAAUGGUGGAGACCCCAUGAGUUCAGCCCCAGCACCCACUAUACCUGGUAUCCCAACAGUCCCAAGCUCACAUGCAGCUUCACCGCCAACAGCACAAUCCGUACAGCAGAUGCCUCGGCCACAACUUAGAGCUAUAACUGAGCUGGCUCCUCCUAGUCAGCUUGACAUCGACUGGUCACCCGUGCUAACUCGUAACAACGAACGUAUCAUCAAGCUGGGCAAUCUCAACGUCAUCUCGUCCCCAGCUCCGCAUAGUCCAACAUCGAAAGGUGCCGAGGAAGCAUCAAGAAAAUUCUCAAGGUUCUUUGGAGGAGCAACGACCAAGAAACGCCAACGACUUGUUAUGAUAACUUCCAGUGCACGUGUCAUAAUAGCUGCUGCUGGGGGCGACGAGAAGAAGGCAAAGCUUGAUCUCAAUCUGCUUGCUAACGGAACAUCUUGGAAAACUAUUCAAGACAACAAGGGUUUGACAUCCUUUGUCAUCGAUACUCGGGACAAGCAUUUCGCCUUCGAGGAUCCUCGGGCAACUACAUCUGACCCGGAGGGCUCGAAGUAUUCUACCCAGGAGUGGAUGGAAGCCAUCAGCCGCGCGAAGGAUGUUGCACUAUCGCAAUCCAUGGCCAACUCGUACUCGGGCGAGUCUCAGUAUGGCGAUUUGGCAUCAACCAUGUCUAGUCCCACCAGUGCGAGUGGCGGUGAUGGUGGAGGCGAACAGCAGUCAAUUCACUCGGUUCGGAACACUUUACGCAAGGAACCGGGAGACAACGAGAGUGUCAAGAGUAGGAAGCCGCGUUUCAGCAAAAGACACUCGAAGAGCGGGCUGGCAGCUGUCUUCUAA